AUGCCUGCCUCUUCCCAAUCUGGCACUUCCCGUCGAGUCCAAUUUGACACCAGUAUCGCCAAGUCUCCAUGCAUUGGACCAAGUGUUACCCGAAAUCCUAUAAAUGACGAGUACUACCUUCGAAUGGUAUUUUCCGAGAAGAAGAUGUUGAUCAAAUCAAGUAUGGUACCACAGGAUGAGUUGGAGAUUUCAGAUCAAGAGCGCUGUGAAGCAAAACGCCAGAUUCAAUUCGAACCCGAGAAAAAGGGUGUUCGACAACAUCAUCACAUGAACGAAGAAUACUACCAUCGCAUGGUCGCAAUUGAAUCGAAGAUGUGGCAAGAGGCAAAUUCUGGAAAACAAGCCGAAGCAGAAAUGUUAGACAAAGCCCCCCAUGGCGCCCUACGCCGGGUCAAAUUCCAAGACAGCGUUUUGAAAUCACCUGACAGCAUCAACACUUACAAGAAUAAUGCCAAGAAUCAACUCUACGAUCGUAUGGUUGAGUUGGAAACCAAAAUCUGGAUUGAGGGCGGUGUUAAUACGCAGAGCAGUGCAGAUGAUAGGAGUAAAGGCGGGAUGUCUUCCACUUAA